UCCUCUUAACCCAGCUCUGAUGGAACAUGUGCAGAUCCGUCAUCAUCACACAGUGUACACACAGCAGGCGUGCUCUCUGAUCACAUCACCCAUCAUCCUCAUCUUCUUUCCUUAGGGAGAUACCACUAUGGAUCUUUAAAGAAGGUUGCCUCCUGAAACAUCUGAAAUAUAAACUAUCACUAAAAGGUUUUUUCACAGCCUUUUUUGACAAGAACAAACACUUAAGGACAGUCAUCUUUCAGCCAUCUUAAUCUACUAUUGAAACUGUAUCAUAAAUUCAGAUGCCUAAGAACAGUAAGGUAGCUAAAAGAGAGCUGGAUGACGAUGUUGUGGACUCGGUUAAGGACCUGCUGUCCAAUGAAGACUCAUGUGAGGACAGCUUUAAGAAGAGUGAGCUGAUGGUCCAGGAUGAGUUGGACAAAGACAGAGAUAUCGAGGAUGGAUCUGAUAUUGAUGAUGAACGACCAGCCUGGAAUAGCAAGCUACAGUAUAUUCUCGCACAAGUUGGCUUUUCUGUUGGUUUGGGAAAUGUAUGGAGAUUCCCAUACUUAUGCCAGAAAAAUGGAGGAGGUGCAUAUCUGGUGCCAUAUUUUAUACUGCUACUUGUUAUUGGAAUUCCACUUUUCUUCCUGGAGCUUUCUGUGGGGCAAAGGAUACGUAGAGGAAGCAUAGGGGUCUGGAACUACGUUAGCCCUAAAAUGGGUGGGAUUGGAUUUUCAAGCUGUCUUGUCUGCUUGUUUGUGGCUCUGUACUACAAUGUCAUCAUUGGAUGGAGUUUGUUUUAUUUUUCACAAUCGUUCCAGCAUCCUCUGCCUUGGGACCAAUGUCCUUUGGUGAAAAAUGGUUCUUAUACCUAUAUUGAACCCGAAUGUGAGAAAAGUUCUGCCACUACAUAUUACUGGUAUAGAGAAGCUUUGAAUAUUUCCAACUCAAUCGCAGAAGGUGGAGGGCUUAACUGGAAGAUGACUCUUUGCUUACUAGCUGCAUGGAUUAUGGUGUGCCUUGCUAUGAUCAAAGGCAUUCAGUCUUCAGGCAAGGUCAUGUAUUUCAGUUCUCUUUUUCCAUAUGUGGUUCUUACAUGUUUCCUUGUGCGGGCUUUGCUGUUAAAUGGCUCUAUUGAUGGCAUCCGACACAUGUUCACUCCAAAGCUUGAAAUAAUGCUAGAGGCCAAGGUCUGGAGAGAAGCAGCCACACAAGUGUUCUUUGCUCUGGGUUUAGGAUUUGGAGGAGUUAUUGCUUUUUCAAGCUACAACAAGCGAGACAACAAUUGCCACUUUGAUGCCGUGUUGGUGUCGUUUAUCAACUUCUUUACAUCAGUUUUGGCAACACUGGUCGUAUUUGCUGUAUUAGGAUUCAAAGCAAACAUUAUGAAUGAGAGCUGCAUUUCUGAGAAUGCAGGGAAGAUUGUGAGACUUUUGCAAGCGGGCAAUCUCAGCCACAGUGUUAUUCCCCAUCAUGUCAAUUUCUCCAGUAUCACAGCACAGGAUUACCUGUUGGUGUAUGAUAUUAUUAAGAAGGUUAAAGAAGAAGAAUUUGACGGUCUCGGGCUGGCACCUUGCCAGAUUGAAGAUGAACUUAACAAGUCUGUCCAGGGCACUGGUUUGGCUUUUAUUGCUUUUACGGAAGCCAUGACACAUUUUCCUGCAUCCCCCUUUUGGUCUGUAAUGUUUUUCCUCAUGUUGGUAAACCUGGGCCUUGGCAGCAUGUUUGGAACCAUAGAAGGAAUCACCACUCCCUUAGUUGAUACAUUUAAAAUAAGAAAGGAACCACUUACUGUUGGAUGUUGCCUGCUUGCGUUCUGCAUUGGCUUACUGUUUGUGCAGAGAUCAGGAAAUUAUUUUGUGACUAUGUUUGAUGACUACUCUGCAACAUUACCCCUUCUUGUUGUGGUCAUUUUAGAAAAUAUCACCAUCUCCUGGAUAUAUGGAAUUGACAAAUUCAUGGAUGACUUAAAAGAUAUGCUUGGAUUCACACCUUACAAAUACUACUAUUAUAUGUGGAAAUAUGUCUCUCCUAUACUGUUAACUAUUUUGCUCAUAGCAAGUAUUGUCCAAAUGGGCUUCACUCCACCUGGUUAUUAUGCAUGGAUUGCUGAAAGGGCUGUUGAAGAGCGUCUAAGUUAUCCAACCUGGGGACUCUGUGUAUGUGUGCUGCUCAUAGUACUCGCUUUACUGCCUGUUCCAUUGGUCUUUGUUGUCCGAUUCUUUAAUCUCAUUGAUGAUAGCACUGGGAGCCUGGCUUCAGUCUCUUAUAAAAGAGGGCGUAUUAUAAAGGAAAUAUCCAGUCCUGAAGAAGACAAUGCUAGUUUGAUCCAUGAGAAGUUACAAAGUGAAAUGCCAUCUCCAAAUAUUGGAAAUAGCAUCUACAGGAAGCAAAGUGGAUCUCCAACUCCUAAAGUAGAUACUGCCCCCAAUGGACGUUAUGGCAUUGGGUACCUAAUGGCAGAUAUGCCAGACAUGCCUGAAUCAGACUUAUAAAUCAAAUGGCAAAAUGCAACUUUUUCCUUCAUGGCACUGUAUUCUAGCUCUUCUAAAGUGAAGAGGUUGGCUUUAAUGCUUGUGAAGCACUGAUAGCUAUAUAAUGUUCUCAGGACUGAGAACACAUAGUUUGAGAAAGAGAAGGGUAUUGUGGGUUGUUACCAAAAGGCAUGGCACUAUUGUGUUCUGGAUAUGGCUUUAGCCCUUAGCACUUUCUAGGACCUUAAGUACUGUAUGUGUCUUACCUCUCUGUGCCUAAUAUGUCUAAACAUCAAAUGGUGAAUCAAUUACACCUGUCUUUACAUACAUAGAAACAUCAUAAAUCGUAACAUUGUAUCACAACAAUCAACAAUAAGGGCAAUGAAGAAAAAAGUGUCGGAAAUUGUUCUACACGGAAAUAAGUUGUGGGUUCCUGAUCUCCCUUUAAGCCAUACGAGUGGUUGGUUUGUGGGCUGCAGUAUUAUCACGUAUUAUGGAUAUUUCUCAGUAUUUUAUUAGCACGGAACCUAUUCUGCUGUCUUGGUCAGUUGAAGCUCAGGGCUAUUAAGCAACUGAUCUAUUUUAAUGUUGUUUAACAUGAAAGGUCCAUUUUAUGUGAUUUUAUUUUAGUUCAUGUCUUCAGUAUUAUUUUCAGAAUAUCCGGGUCACUCAGUGGUUAUGAUGUAUCACAAUGUUUUUCUUCUCAAUUUUGAAAGUUUUUUUUUCAGUCACUAAAUUUGGCAUUUGCCAUAGAAGCAUAUGGCACUGGAAUGCCAAAAAGAACAGUCUACACUUCAUCAUGAAUGUAUUCUACAAGGAGUAUGUAAACAAAACAAAGCUACUUGUGCCAAUUUUUUUACAAGGUAAAUUUGUACAGCUGGGGUUCCUUAUUUUAAGACUUCGCCCACUACUAAUUCUGCAAGAAGUGAACUGUAGCACCUCAAUGGCUGUAAUAAGCAUUACAUUGAGAGUAGACAUCUCUAUUUUUACAUGCAGUGCAAAGCAUUUUAUAUUUUUAUGUAAACUUCAGUUCCUCAUGACAGUGCCAUGCAAUAUUUAAUUCAGUUUGCACAAUGACAAAGAUUGUACAACUAUUAGGUGCGUAAUGUUCUUUUUAGGAUGCAGAAUGUUUCAUUGACCCAGUAAGACACUUCUAAUUUUGGAGUUUAAAGGAAUGUUGAUCUGUUUGAAUGGUAUGGGAGCACAUAAACACGCACAUUAGCUGUCUGGUAUAUGGCACUUACUCUUAGAUCAAACCUGUUUGAAUGCUGGAGAUGCAGUCACUGUUGAGAAUGUGUUGCAGAAGUUCAUGCAAAGUUAUUUAGCUAAAAAUACAUAACCUGACCUCCCUUUUAUUUGGUGGACCCACAUUUUAGAACUAUUAUUGGAGCACAAUGCAUUACAGGAUUUACUAACAGGAGAGUACUGGAGGUUGAGUGUGGUUGUCCUGUCAUUGCACUAAAGAUCUGAAAUGAUAUAAACACUGCUUCAGUAGCAUUCACCCGUCAGGCUUAUCAGCUCAUGUUGACCUCAAAUACUAUAAACGCCUAUAUGAAUAACUCAAUAUGUAUUGAUUGUCAUAGUGAGUACAUUAAACUAUAGUAUACUCACCUCUAUACAGGUAUAGUCUGCUUUAUUGUCUUUUAUGUUGCAAGCGUCUUUGUUCUAACUAGCACUAAAUAACAUCCUAGUAAUGUCAUAACUACAGCACUUGUGUCUAUCGAUUAUGCCUUCCAUUCUCCAUUAAGGAUGAGGAUUAAACAAAAAAUGCAAACAAUAAAUAGUAAGGCUGGGUUGAUCUUGGGAUACCAAAUUUAUAUCUUUUUAUGAAAUGUCAUUGAUUUUGCACCAUAAAAAAAAAGUGUUUUUUUUUUUUACCACAUGCUGAGAGUCAUAACGUGGAGGUAUGGGAGGGUAUGCUUUUUUACUGGACCAAGCUAUAGUUUUCUUUGGCACCAUUUUGGGUACCUAUGGCAUUUUAAUUGCUGUUUCUUGUGUUUUUUGGGGUGCAGGAGGAAAACAAGAACACCAAUUCUAAAAAUGUUUUUAAUUUCUUUCAUGUUAUAAUGUUCACAGUACAGGAUGCAUAGCAGAACAAUAACAAGAAAUAAAAAAAACUGUUAUAGUUAGUGUAGUGAUGGAUGUAGUGAUACAUAAAUCUGUCAUUUUUUUAAAUAUUUUUUACAUAAUAAACCAGGAAAGUAGGAUUAUGUAUUUUUUCUUUAAUAUUUUUAAUAAGAUUUAUUAAGAUAACAGGAAUGCUAAGAUGGCAAAUUUAUGGCACUUAUAAACUCCAGCAACUAUGGCGUUAAACAACUGGAAUCUGAGUUAUCUCUUAUCCAAGCCAUUGCAGUGGGUGCCUGGCUGUAUUAGGAUCCUGAACGUCACAACAUUGUGAAAGUACUGCGGCUGACUCCAUAUAGCUGGCACCAGCCCCAGGAGUUAAAGAGGAUGAUGUUGCUAGGUGUUGUGUCAUUUUUAAAAUUGUCCUUAAGGGAGGUUGGAAGCUUUAAGUAAUAUGUAAAGUUAAAAGAAUCUGUCAUGUUGGAAAUGCUGUCCUAUAUGCAGGCAUCGUAUUAUAGAGCAGGAGGAGCUGAACAGAUUGAUAUACAGGUUUGUAGGAAAAGAUUUAGUAUUCAGUAUAAGUCUCUUCCCUUUUGGGCUUAGAAGUCCGGCACACGGUCUCACUCAAUGAUUGACAGCCUUCCCUUCAUGAAUGUACAUAUAGAGAAAGCUGUCAAUCACAGAGUAGGACCACCUACCGGACUCCUAAGACCUGUGGUAGCAGAGAUACAUAAAUAAUGUACAAAUUACACAGAAUCUUUUCCUACAAACCUAUAUAGCAGCCGUACAGCUCAUCCGGCUCAGUGACAUGCUGCCUGCAGAUAGGUCAAUGUGACAGGUUAACUUUGGCGGUUAUGGCAUUUACUACCUCUAAAAUACUUAACAAUGUGAACAGGGCUUGCUGCAUAAAAACACUAUAAAGCCAAACAAAUCUGUACUGUUUCCUGGUAAAGGGUAUGUAAAACUACCCCCCCUCCCCCCAUAAAUGACUAAUGCAUAUACAUACAUCUGCACUUGAUUGUAUUGUAAUAUAAAAACAAUAGGGUUCUCUUAUGUUAUUAGCCCUGUUAGGUCAGAUUUGAAUAAAGUAGUGUGCUUAUUAUUAUUUUCUUAUGUACUAGCUGUAUAGAUACUAUAUAAACUAUAGCACUUAAUGACUGUGGGAUGUAAUCUGUCCCCUUCUUUGCUGUGGAUGUGUGACAUAAAACUGUAUAUUCUGAGUAAAGAACUUGACGAUAUGAUCUUAUAGUAAGCUACAGUGAGAAUUAAAGGUUUUUACAUGUCGUGUUCCUAACAGAGCCUUUAAUUGCUAUUUAUUCUGGUAACAUCAUGUCCAAUAUGUCGUAUAUUUAUACAAUCUGCUUGUACUGUAAAUAUGUAUAUUACUAUACACUGACUCAGAACUACGUUUCAUGUUUUAAGCUGAAGCCAAUCUUCUCUUUUAUGGAAAGAGGACAUAUUUUGGAGUUCUUGUGGAAACACAUAGAGAGUGACAUGCAAAAAUAAAAUACACACAAUAUUUUUUGUACUUUUUUUUUCUUCUAACUUAAAAUAUUAAACUAGUGACUCUGGUAUUCAUCUUCAGCCAUACAUUUAAUACUUUUUUCUGUUAUUCGCAUGUACCUUUAUGCCAGGUCUGUUACACCAUUUCUAAUUUGUACUAUAAUGUAUGUGUUAUUAAAACAUUAACAAUUUAA